AAAGGAUGGGCGGCUGUGGGCCGCAGGGAAGGACAGUAACCCGCAGGGAAGGACAGUAACCCCGGAGAUAGGGAAGAUCCGAAACUAGGUAACCCAGAGGAGGAGUAGCAAAUCGCCCAGGGUUAAAUGCAAUAUUUAGGCUGGCGGCGCCUAGGGCAGAGGGACUGGGUUAGGACUGAGAGGAAAUGGCCUUGGGACACUGAAUACCCCCGGAGCGAGAGACAAGGGAGGAACGGACAGGCCUGAGGCAGCUCAAGCAACUGGGAGGGGGUAGGGGGUGGGGUGUGGAAGCCCGAAAAUUGGGUGAGGAGCCUAGGGAUUUAGAGGACCUGGUCCUUGGCCAACCACGAAGGGCUGCGCAACAAUGGGGCACCAGACAGCCAAUCCUUGGCGAACUCUCGGAUGGGGCUCAUCUCUGUCCAAUGAAGGGCCGAAACGCCAUCAAUCUGCGCCAUCGUCGUCCGGCUAGAUUCCCCGGCCUUGUUUUUGUCAGUUAACGGUUUCUCCCAAUAAGAGGUUGAGAGCUGGGUCUCGGGACUGGGCCUCAAUGGGGACCCAAUAAGUAGUGUUCUGAUCUCUUUCCCCCCAAAGCUACCCAGUUCCCUUUCCCCGAGCUUUGGUCUGGGGACCUCAACCUGCACAGUCAUAAUUCCUUUUCUAAACACGCCUGCGCAGAUUGAGGGGGGGGGGUUGGUGAAGUGUGUGAAGGUGCGCCUGCGUAGACGACCCUCUCUGGUCUAGAGAGCGCCGAGCCGCGCUUGCGCAGAGAUAUUGGGUUGGUUCCGCAGAAAUGCAGUCGCUGCUAGCCCUGUGUGCGGUGCAGGUGACCCGGCACCAGAAAAUGGCAUGCCGGGCUCUAUCUUCCCUUCCUCGGGAGCUGUACCCGGCCUUAUUCCGGGCCGCCUUCAUGUACGGCAGAACGUUGGUGCUUCAGGCGCUGGUGCAGACGUGGCCCUUCCCGUGCCUCAGCUUCCGGCAGCUACUGCCCCACCCCAAACAGAUGGGCUGGCCCAAGCGGCCCCGUAGGGAGAGUGUGCAAGCCGUGAUCUUGGCGCUGCUCGCGCCAGCACCGCGGAGGAAGCCUCAGCUUCGAGUGUUAGACAUGACUGGCUUCCUAGAUGCCAGCUGUGGGCAGGACCCCACAACUAUGAGCAUGUGGGCACGCUCAGUCGCUGUGGCAAGAACCUGUCUCAGUGCCGAGACUCAGGCCAGAGCAGCUCAACGCUUGGCAAAACGCCGAAAGUUGGAUCCCCAGGCCUCUGUCACUAGUCCUGUGGAGGUACAUACUGACCUGCUAGUGAAUCGUACUUCUUACAAUGUCCUGAAGGAGGCUCUCCAGACCAGCACUAGUGGUCCCCUGCGCCUACGCUGCAGGGAUCUUUGGGCUGAGGAACUGUCAGGUCCUAGCACAGUAGCCCUGUUGGAGCUUCUAGACCCAGUCUGCCUGCGCCAGGUAGAUCUUCGCUUCAACAACCUGGGACUUUCAGGUCUGUGUACUGUCAUCCCCCACAUGGCCAAGUUCACCCACCUGCUGAGCCUGAAGCUACAAUAUAGUAAUGUAGAUGUGCGACAGCUCACUGCUGAGGCAGAGGGCAGUUUCCAACGCUUUGUCUCUGCAAUUGGCCAGUUGAAAAGCCUCAAGGAACUCAACAUGGGUUCCUCUCGCCUCUCAGGCCGACUUUACCAGCUCCUUAGCUGCCUACAGAGCCCUCUGGAAAGCCUGGAACUUCCCUUCUGUGCCCUUCUCCCAGGGGACUUGAGUUACUUGACCCAGAGUCCCCAUGCCACCCAUCUGAAGAAGCUGGACCUCAGUGGCAACAAGCUGUCUGGUGACCAUCUGGGCCCCUUUCAGAUACUACUGAGGGAGGCCUCAGCCACCCUGCUGUGUCUGGAUAUCACAGAGUGUCAGCUAAUGGAUUCCCACCUUCUUAAUACCCUGCCCACCCUAUGCCGCUGUACCCACCUCCGCUAUCUUGGUCUCUAUGGUAACCCUGUUGCUAGUGCUGGAGUGAAGACCUUGCUUGAACAAUCACGGUUAUUGUCUGAGCUCCAGCUGAUUGUAUACCCAGUCCCCGUGGAUUGCUACAAGGACCUGCCAUGGCCACCCUCUUCAGCCAGCCUCCUAGAGGGUACCGUGGAUGAAGAGAAGCUUGCCAGUGUGCAGGCUGAGCUUCAACAGUUACAACAGGCCAUACAGCGUCAUGAUGUGCUAUGGACCAUGGACAUCUAUGGUCACAGCAGCUUUGACUACUUCAGUCUGUAGUACAUAUACACAUAUGUGUGUGUGUGUGUGUAAGUGUGUAUAUAUAUGUGGGGGGAGGGGUAAGUACAGGGAGAGGCAGCAUUUCUCUGCUUUGCUUUUUAUGCAGGAUCAUCCCAAGACUAUGCCUCCUCUGAGCUUUGGCAGAACCAGGAUGAGCUCUACUCAGUAUGCGCAUCUGAAUGGGUUGUGUUAAGAGUGUUAUAUCCUAUACUCCAUUCCAUGUCCAUGCUGGACCCAAUGGCAGGAUUGUUUUAGGUCUGGAAGUUAGGUUUGGGGGAUGGGGAUGGGGUAAAAUAGGGGGUGGGGGUGGGAGUGGGCUCAGGUAGCUGUUUUCCUGGGGGUAUUUAUCUGUAACUGCAGGACCCAUGCAUAAAACCUGAAUUUAUGGCUAUUCCCCCAAUAUUCUUCCCCACCACCUCUCAACCCCCACCCAGUUCAUUCCCCAACCUGUCAAGGUCACAGAUGCUCACAGACCACAACACCAAGAAUAAAGGCAAUACCAAUGUAAAA